UUACACUGCGUAGUUUAUGCUGAUCGUGAGUGGUGAAACGCGAUCUAAGCUGAAUUCGGUAUUUCUCUUCCUAUUUUAUUAAAAAUCGGACCUCUACGGUUUUCGAUGUCUUCAAAAAGUGCUUAGGCCAAGUCUGGACAAUGGCAGCACACAAGACAGGCGGCCAAAGCGCCCGGAAGAAAGUCCAGGUGUCUAUGGUAAUUAGAGACGAAGUUGAACGUAAGCAUAGAGCUGGCGUAAACUCACUGCAGUAUGAUCCAGUAUCGCACAGACUCUAUUCGGCAGGAAGAGACAGUAUAAUUCGAAUAUGGAACUGCAAAAAUAUAAAAGAACCAUACAUCCAGUCAAUGGAACAUCAUACUGACUGGGUGAACGACAUUGUGUCGUGUUGCGGUGGAAAGAAUUUGAUAUCAGCUAGUUCGGACACAACAGUCAAAGUUUGGAAUGCUCACAAAGGCUUUUGUAUGUCUACAUUGCGUACGCAUAAAGAUUAUGUGAAAGCGCUUGCUUAUGCCAAGGACAGAGAACAGGUGGCCAGUGCCGGAUUGGACAGAGCAAUAUUCCUAUGGGAUGUCAACACUCUCACUGCUCUCACUGCUAGCAACAAUACAGUAACCACAUCCUCGUUAACUGGAAAUAAGGACUCUAUUUACAGCCUGGCGAUGAAUCCUUCUGGGACUGUGAUAGUCAGUGGCAGUACCGAGAAAGUGUUGCGUGUCUGGGAUCCCAGGUCAUGUGCAAAAUUGAUGAAGCUCAGGGGGCAUGCGGAUAAUAUUAAAGCUUUGGUGUUAAACAAAGAUGGUACUCAAUGUCUCUCUGCAAGCUCAGACGGUACCAUAAAAUUAUGGUCUCUUGGCCAACAGUGGUGCAUACAAACUUUCAGGGUACACACGGAAGGCGUUUGGGCUUUACUAGCCACGGAUACAUUCAGUCAUGUGAUAUCUGGAGGAAGAGAUAGAAAAGUAAUAAUGACAGAGCUGAGAGCAACUGAGAAAUGUACUGUUAUAUGUGAGGAAAAUGCUCCGAUCCUUAAAAUGGCUAUGACGCCCGAUCAGACCAGCUUGUGGGUAGCAACAAGUGAAUCUACCAUAAAUAAUUGGACAAUUACUCAAAAAGACUGGCAGUGUGGUGACUAUUGCGAAGACGCAAUGGGGAACGGAGGUGGUUUGAGGACUAUGGGACCACGUAACUCGGACCCUGCACAAAAAAUUAUAGGUGGUGCUGCAGUUAGGCAUUGUCAUGUAUUAAAUGACAGAAGACACGUUUUGACUCGGGACACUGAGGAGAAUGUGGCGCUUUAUGAUGUCUUGAAAGCUGUCAAAGUCGUUGAUCUUGGACGAGUAGACUUUGAGCAGGAAGUGAAGAAGAGAAAUAAGACUGUAUAUGUCCCUAACUGGUUCAAUGUCGACCUCAAAACCGGGAUGCUGACAAUACACUUGGGCCAGGACGAAAAUGACUGUUUUUCUGCAUGGGUGUCUGCAAAAGAAACGAACUUGGCUGACAACGAUGCUGUUGACCAAAAAGUAAACUAUGGAAAUCUACUACUUCAAGCACUUCUGGAGCACUGGUGGAGGCCGUUACAUGGUGAUGAUGAAAAUGAAGGAAAUGGUAAUGACGGGAAUGGUCCAACGCAUACGAGAGGAGGGAAUCCAUAUUUCUCAGUACCUGGACAUACGCCUGUUAUCUUCAGUGAGGUCGGUGGCAGGACUCUGUACAGAUUGCUCGUUCGCGAUGCAGCUGGAGAAACGGAAGGCGUUCUUCUAAAUGAGACUGUCCCUCCCUGGGUGGUGGACAUCGUUGUGGAUAAAAAUCUACCGAAAUUUAUUAAAAUUCCCUUCUACCUUUUGCCACACUCCACCUCUGGGGUGAAGAGUUUGAAAAAGGAUCGCCUGAUUGCCAAUGACUUUAUACAGGCACGCAAAGUUGCCGAACACGUCUAUGAUAAGGUAUUGGGGGCUGGAAGUGAUUCAGGUUCAGUUACUGGUGCUGGAAAUACGGUAUCAGGUGGAUCUCCAGCUGGAGAUAGAACGAACGCUGACUCAAACACGGAUAACACAUCGUUGGCAGAAGAGAAAGUUGAGUUGCUCUGCAAUGACCAGGUUUUGGAUCCAUCUAUGGACUUGAGAACGGUGAGACAUUUCAUAUGGAAGAAUUCUGCCGAUUUAACACUCCAUUAUCGACCAAUCAAAUAGUUAAAACCUGGACCAGAGCCCCCGAAGACUUAUCGAUAUACAUUGCGACACUAUGGCAUUACGGCCAAUAAAACUCUGAGUGAGUACUUCAUUUAAUCCUCGAAAAUUAUUCGCAGAAGACUUGUAAAGUGUGUAUGCGGAUGAUAAUGCAGUGAGUCGAGGGCGAUGAUUUAAAGAUUUUUCAACAUGUCAAUGACUAUUCGAAAAAAAGUAAAAACUAUCCCAAAACUUUUCUGAUGUUCACUUCUAGAAUGUAGUUAAUCCCCAGAUAUAUUGGAAAAAUUAUAAUCAGUAAACUAUCUAAGUUUUCACAUGUUGCCACUGAGAUUCGAAAAUCCGUGAAUAAAGAGCAUGUAAUAUAUUAACAUAUUGAAAAUAGACAGUGUCACUGGAUGAUGGCAGAUUCACGUAAAUUCAGACAGAGGAGCCCAACCUAACUAACAUGAUCUACUUUUAACACUUGAUGGACAAGGCAACGUUUGAUUUUUUACAUUUAAAAUAUUUACAAAAACUGCCAUUUUGCGAUAUUGAAGUUUUGUCUCACCCAUUACCUUAAACGGUAGAUAGGGAGUUCGGUAUGUAGGAAAAUUUUUGCCACUUCUGAAAAAUUACAUGGAAAAUACGAAGAAAAUAUGAAUUUCAAUGACUGUUCGGUUUUUUCAUUGCUACGGAAACCACUCAAAACUGGAUGUAUCAAUAUUUUUCUACUGUUCUUUAUAUUCACUUUUUAUAUUCGCAUCAAACUUUUUUACCGUUUUUCAGUGCGUAGGUAUGGCGAUAGAAUUUUAAGCUGUCUGUCGUCACUAUUCAAGUUUUCACUACACACCUUGAUGAUAUUACUAGAUAUUACCAUUACUAGAUAUUGGGACAACGAAACAAUUCUCGUCAAUGGAAGUACGCUACAUAUUAAAACUCUGACAUCUGCAGAAGCACACAGAAAUUGGGAAAUUUACUAAGUUCAGUUUAAUUAAUUCAUUGAGAUACGUAAUGGAUGUUUAAGACUUGAGAUCAACUUCAAACUUCGAGUGGGCAGUGACUGUUUGGAAAUGAAAUUAGAUAAGGCCAAGGUUGGGAUGUUCGAUGACCACUUGAGUAGAUAAUUUCAUAGUCGACUAUUCCAUUGUAUUCGUUAAGUAUGAAUGGGCUUCACCAUCUGAAUCAUAAGUUGGUAAAAAGAAGAAACGUUAAAAAAAAAUUCAGCUAUAUUAUAUGCGCCAAUGAAGACGAAUGAAACAACGUCUCUAUGAUGCAAUGAAAAUGAAUCUAAACAAAUUCGAAUAACAUAAGCUAUCAACAAAGUGAGAAAAUUUUUUGUAAUUAAAACGUUCAGAAUGAUUGAACUGGUGUUUUUUUUUAUCGUAUUCUAAUGUUUUUGAGAUUAUUUUAUUUAUCGGAUCGCCUGAAAAACAUUUCACAAAUAAUUAUGUCUGGAGUUGAUGAAAACAGAUUUGUGUAAGUAUUGCAUUACAGAUGUUCAUGAACAGUUACGUUUGUCCAUCAUACCUACACUAUAACGUAAGAUUUCCGGAAUGGUUUUACAAUAAUCCGUGAGGAUUCGAGAAUGAGGAGGUCAGCGAGCAACACGAACCUGAAGACACUAGAAUCGGAUAAAAAAUACCGGAGUUUAAUCAUAUUCAACGUUUCAAUUAUAAAACCAUUUUUCAAAUGGUUUAUAUUCUAGCUUGUAUUAUUUGCAUUUGCUCAAAUUUAUUUCAUUCAGAUCUUAGGAUUAUAUUUUUAUUCGUGGUUACUAUCAAUGGUGCUAAUAACAUUGAUGGAGAUUCGUUGUACCGUCUUUUUUUUAUUUUUAACUUUUGACUUGGACCUUAUUCAUCUGCAGAAAUUACGGGUAGCUGAAAAGUACAUCGGAUGAAUGUAGUGCUAGAUUUUGUUAAUUUCAUAAUUCUAACUAGAAUGAAUCUGUAUAGAGUGUUAAUAAAAUAUUUUCGAAUGCAUCAGUUUCACUUGCGAUGAAUGUAUUGACAAGAUUCUUAAAAAUUCAUACAUUCAAACUAGUUUAAUGACGAUGAUACCGAUAAUGUAAUAUUUUAUUAUGUUCACGUAAGUCGCACCAUUCACGAAAAAUUCACAUGUCAUUUGUAAAUAGUCUUUCCUGUUUAUGUACAUGUGAGUAUAUAAUUGUAACAAUGAAAAUUUUCGAAAGAAACAUUUUGUAAGCUAGCGGGCAUGAAACAUUUUCAUUAGUUUAAAAAUAUUGUCUAUAACUUGAAGAUUUGCUUUGCAAUCAGUUUCAGGUAACUCAUCAUCGCCGUGCGCCACCUUUGUCAUCUCAUUUAGCCAAAAAGUUUUUGCCUUUUUAGUGAUCUUUGCCAAAUGUAACAUAUAGGAUAUGUAAAAUUGAAUAAUCCUUAAAACGAGUAAUUGUGGUGCUUUUCUCAUGUAAGCCAAAAUCUCUCUUGUCUAUUAGGCGGUUUCACUAACAACUGCAGUCUAAACAGACAAAAUAAAACCUUAUGAAGCCGAGAAAUAAAUACAUGUCAAUUUAUAAUCAAUCAAACUGUAUCUAAGCAGCCAAAGUAAUGUUAAACAUUCGCCAAAUAGUUUUACGAAAUGAUGGGUCACACACACUAAUUAGUCUAUGGUUAUGUUUGUCUAUACUGUGUUUCAAUUUUUUAAAGAAGUACUGUUAUUGCAUUUACUGUUGAAGAAAAAUUUACAAUCAAGGAGAUGCUACAUUUGAGUAAAUAACCAUGAUUGCAGGUUUUCGGAUGUCGAUUGGACGGAGUAUCAAAUUAAAUUUCCCUCGACCACUCGAUAUUUUAGAUGUUGUAUAAUGGCGCUGGUGUUGAAAGGACGUCUGUUUUCAACUACCUUACCCAUAGAGCAACCAAGUUUCUCCAACGUUGAUGGAUUUCUGUAGCAAGUCCCAUUUCAUGAACUGUAGAUUGUUGAAUGCCUGAAAGACAUAGUAGAUUAUGCACCAAGAGAAUAAUCAGCUUUAUUCCCGUGUUGAAAAUAGGAUUUUAUUUCCAACUUAACUGUGACCAAAUUAUAGUAGAUCAAUAGUGUUUACUCCAUUAGUGUUGGUAGAUUUUAUUGACUCCGUUCAAGCGUAAUCAGGAAAUGUACGAGUAAGGCAUUUUCUCGAUGAGAAGAAAAAAAUUCAACUACGUUGUAUUUCUCAUUGGGAAAGUCAUUCUACACUCAUAGUGACAUUAUUAAUUAUUUAGCAUCCUUUGACAAACAUAGCACUCAAACUUUGUUCAAAUCUUAAUUCAAAGACUAUUUUGCUCUGCUACUUGUUUGAAUGGGAUGAUUUUUUUAUGGAGAUUAAAGGAAACCUCCGUUGAAACUAAUAGAAGUCAUCAUUACCGCACGUUAAUUGUAAGGAAGUUAUGCCGAUGAGAAAAAUAACAGAAAGUGCAGGUUUUCCUUGAACAUUUAUUAUCUUACGUAUUAAAAAAAAAAACUCUUAGAAAUCGAAAAUAUUACAUAUUUCGCGACGUUAAAGUUAUUGCACCUUGUUAUUAAUUAUAUGAUUUUUCAGAUCCAUUUAGAACAUAAGAAAUUCAUAUUUGUAAAUAUUGUAGGCUGUAGAUUGAUAUUGUCCAAUAAAUAAGAAUCUACAGAU